AUGGACGGCGCGUUCCGCAAAAUAGAUAUCGAUGCUUACGAUGAAGACGUUCUGCAUGAAGAGGAGUUGUACGAUGCCGAUCCUAGAGAACCAUCUCAGGUCCUUGAUGAAGCAAAGCAGCGGCAGGUAGCUGUCAGGAGCGCCCUGUCCAAGAGUGAUAUAGCUGGCGCCUUAUCCAUUGUUCUAGAGAAUGCACCUUAUGGUCCCACCUUUGACGAUGCCAAGACCGUGACCCUGCAGACCGUCUUGACCAUCCUAAGUUCUACAAAAUCUACGGAAAUUCCCAACGUCCUCAAAGCACUCUCACAGGAAGAGCAAGAUACCCUGAUGAAAUAUCUCUAUAAGGGCAUGGCUGCGCUCGGAGGUGAUGUCAGUGGAAGUGUACUACUUGACUGGCACGAGAAGCUCACCGAGGUUGCCGGGCUAGGCUGUAUCGUACGAACCAUGACGGACCGGAGAACUGUGUAA